AUGGUCAAACCCCUCACAUUCAAGGGCGACAAGAAGCCCAAGAAGCGCAAGCGCGCCGCCGACCCAGACGCCCUCGUUGAGAAAGCUGAGCAGGAGCUCGCCAGUCGCGCCGAAGGCAACGCCGAAGAUGUCGAUAACGACGACAGCUGGGUCUCAGCCGAGGGCGUUCCCGACGUCGUCGGCCCCGUCAUGUUUGUCCUGCCCACCGACCCGCCGACCUCGCUGGCCUGCGACGCCAAUGGCAACGUCUUCACCCUACCUAUCGAGAACAUGGUCGACGGCAACCCGGCGACCGCAGAGCCGCACGACGUGAGGCAGGUGUGGGUUGCGAACAAGAUCGCCGGCACCGAGAACUUCCGGUUCAAGGGGCACCACAACAAGUUCCUCAGCUGCGACAAGUUCGGCAUCUUCUCCGCGACGACAGAAGCCGUGUCGCCGCUCGAGACUUUUGUCGUCAUUGCUACGCCGGACACGCCGGGGACGUUCCAGAUCCAGACGCUGCGCGAGACAUAUCUCGCCGUCAAGGAGUCUACCUCCUCCAAGGCGAACGCUAUGCCCGAGGUCCGGGGCGAUGCGGCCGAUAUCACGUUCGACACUACGCUACGUAUCCGCAUGCAAGCGCGGUUCAAGCCUCGACUCAAGGCUACCAAGGAGGAGAAGGCUCGGGAGAAGAUCAGCAGGAAAGAGCUGGAGGCAGCAGUAGGGAGACGGCUGGAGGAGGACGAGGUCAAGCGGCUGAAGAGAGCACGGCGGGAGGGGGACUACCACGAGCAGCUGCUGGACCUCAAGGUCAAGAACAAGCACGACAAAUACAGCUGA